CAACAUCCUAACCUGGCAACCUAUCCUUUAGCAGAUUCGAGUUCGUCGGGUAUCUUGCGCAACAAAGAGACAAGAUGGCGAUCAAGGAUGACGAAACUAUGCGCGCCCAUUGGCGAUGCUUCGUGGCUUGCGGUUUGAUGGUCCUAUCGCCAUUCCAGUAUGGAAUCGACUUUGGACUAAUAGGAGGUCUUCAGGCUAUGCCAGGGUUCCUCAAGAUCUAUGGCCAUCCAGCACCGGAUACUACGAUCGGUUGGAACAUUUCGACAGUGAGACAACAGCUUAUCACAUCAUUAAUGACACUCGGCGCUUUCGUUAGCUCUGCUACUGCCGGUUUGAUCGCUGCUAAGCUAGGUCGGAAAGCAUGUCUAAGGAUGGCUUGCUUGGGUUGCGUUGUUUCCAACGUUAUCAUGAUGGCCACGACCAACAUCAACGCGCUUUAUGUCGGACGCCUGCUAAACGGACUGGCUAAUGGCUACUUCAUGACAUUUUCUCAACUCUAUAUCCAGGAAAGCAGCCCAGCCAAGUACCGUGGUCUCUUUUUGACCGCGUUCCAGUUCUGCACGUCUCUUGGAACCCUUAUUGGUACAAUUGUAGACUGGGCGACUGCGUCAAAGUCCGACCGAUCGGCUUAUCUGAUCCCGUUAGGACUCAUCUAUAUCGUGCCCCUUAUCCUAACCGUUGGCUUGCCCUUCAUACCAGAGUCACCUCGCUGGCUCAUCUUACAAGAUCGAAUCGAAGAUGGACAGAAAUCAUUGAAGUGGCUUAGACCGACUAAAGCGCCAGUCGAAAUUGAGGUUGCAGAGAUAAAAGCAGCGAUUGAUAAAGAGCGAGAGAUGGGUAGUCAAGUUAGCAUUCUGGAUAUGUUCAAGAACCCCAUAGACAGAAGACGCACAAUACUCGCUGUUUGCGGAGUUACUUUACAAGCUUCUACCGGCUCUAUGUUCAUCAUAUCGUAUAAGGCGUAUUUCUUCACAAUGGCAAAGGUUUCCAAUCCCUUCGCGAUGGGAUGUGUGCUUAGCGCUAUUGGUUUACUCGCCAUCGUCCUUAACCUGUUGAUUGUGGUACGCUAUGGUCGUCGCCGUGUGCUCCUUAUGACGGGUCUCGGAACCUGUGGCAUUCUCCAAUUGAUUGUCGCAGUCGUAUACGACAAAAAUCCUGGCGCGAGAGCUACGGGAAUAGUUCUUGUGGCAUUAUCAUGUCUUUACAUGAUGAGCUACAACGGAAUGGUAGCAACUUAUUCGUGGUUAUGCGGUGGAGAACUCCCAUCGCAACGGCUGCGAAGCUACACCUUCGGGUUAGGGGCGGCCGCCGGAUUCCUUGCCGCAUGGAUCACCACUUUUACGGCUCCGUACUUCAUUAACCCUGAUUCUUUGAAUUGGGGACCGAGAUAUGGAUAUAUCUGGUUUCCGAGCUCUAUUGUAGCAGCAGUAUGGGUUUAUCUCUUCUUACCUGAAGUUCAAGGCCGUACGCUAGAAGAAAUUGACGAAAUGUUCGAAGCGAAACUUCCCGCGCGAAAGUUUAGCGGAUAUAAAUGCGUUCGCAGACUUGCCAUGGAUGAGAAACCAAGUAAUCAACAUGAAGAGUAAAAAAGGAUCUUGGGCGAAAGAAAUAUCUGGCAAGAUAAACCCUAGCUUAUAAUAAAUGUCGAUACACUGGACUAUCACUGAUCCAAAUAUGGAAAAGUUGUAUCACUAUAAUACGGUAGGAUAUAGUGGCUUAAACGCGAAAAUGCAGCCCUGGAGUGCUCAUAGAAAAGGACGGUGCGAUGUACGGGCUGGUUGUGAUAUCUCAGAUACUACCACUAACCUCCCAAAAAAUUCAUUCUUAUU